UCUUCGGUUAGAUCGAUGUGUCACGUGAAUAGUACGAGGAAUCUCUCAUGUGAUCCUCCCGAUAUCUGUAAAUAGCUCGUACACGACUGCGGUUUCUGGGCUCCGCACUCUUUUUUCUCGCGAUUUCUCAACGAGGACCGUGAUCAGAUAGGGAAAGAGAAAUGGGCGCGUCCGCGUUACCCGUAUUAGCUUUCACGAUCCUCUGGGGCGUCGUGCUGUUCCUAGGAGUAGCCCUGCCACUAUUCGUGCCGAAAGGACCAAACCGCGGGAUACUGCAGGUUCUAUUGGUAUUAACGGGCUUUACAUGUUGGUUAUUCUGGCUAUGUUGCUACAUGGCGCAGAUGAAUCCAUUGAUUGGGCCAAAGUUAGAUAAUGUAACAGUGUUAGUUAUGGCUCGAGAAUGGAGCAAUAGAAUUCCUGAAUAAUGAACAUUCCAUGUGAUCACAAAAUUUUUUAUUUCAAACAUUCAUUUUCAACAUUAUUUGCAAAGUGUAUAAUUAUAAAUGUAAAAUUCUCUGAAGAUGAAACAAACGCCAGUAUGUAUUAAUUCCUAUAAAAUGAAUGGAAUAAUUAUAAUUCAGUUAUAAUUAUAUGUACAGUAAUAAUUUAAUUUAUAUAAAUUUAUAUAAAAUAUCUGUUACAAUUA